CUCGACAACCCUCGUGCAGAAACCACCAUCUGUACCUCCACCUCCUAUCGAACGACGACGUCUUGACUCUGCACACGGGACACUUGACCUGGGUCGACUACACGCUUGGGACCCCCCGGCGGCUGUCACAAAGCUUGGGCAUAGAGUCUCGAAUCGUCCAAACGGCGCCUACCUCACCAUACAUGCCAAUCGAGACAUCCUCCGAUCCCAUUCCAUAUCAUCCCCAUACCACGCGAGACCAGAACACACGCUCCCUGUGCGCACUGGACAAACAUUUGGCGCAACUGACCACAGACCCGCAAGCCGCCCACGCGUCUCCACGCCUACGCUCGCUUCGUUCCUCCCGCGCCAGAGUACCUACCGACUAGUGUGUAUUCGACGGCACAUGUGAUGCCGAACCAGUACUACGCCGCCAUUGAAUCGAACACCGCUAGGCAGGCGCUGCCUCCGCCCUCCGCAUCAUGAGUGGCGGCGACCUCUCCCUCUCGCAGUCGCUAGGCGGCCUGCGCAUCGCCAACCCCGACAACGACGUGGGCUCGCCCACAUCCUCAUCACCACCACCGCCCUCCACGCCGAGCUCUCGACCGCCGCCUCCGCCUUCAUCACAGUUAUCGGAGCCCAUCGUGGCCGCGGCGAACCGACCGCAGUUGCUGUCGCUCGCUGGCAGCCGGGUGGACUACGACGUGGGAUCUGAUGCUGGCCUCGACUUCAAUCCCAGCGACUACGUGAUGCAGAACUUAGAUGCCCCUCCGCAGCCUGAGCCGCCGAGGCGCUCACCUUCUGUGCAGCAGAGCCAGUUCUCGGACUCCCGAUUGAGGCAUCGAUCCAGUAUGCAUUUGCAACACCAGGCGCAACAGCAGGCGCAGUUUCCAUCCAACAAUCCACAGCUCCGAAAUCCCAGCGUGCAAACUAUAUCGCAGCAGCAGCAGCAGCAGCGGAUGAGCGGAAUGUACAGUCAGGGGAAUAAUUCACAGAGUUCCGGCAUAUCACAUCAGAGUGGCUACAGAUACAACGACGAAAUGGCAGCAUCCUCAGACGGCAGCAUGGGCGGGUUGAUGAGAAGCGCAUCACGGUCUGCGAGAUCGGCACUGGCAGUUGGCAUACCUACGAGAGAAGCUAGCAGGUCUUAUAGGCAUCCAGGACCGCCGAUGAAUGGAGGUGGCAACGGUCCUCUGCCACCGCGAAGGAAUUCAAGAAGGGGCAGAGCUCCGACAGGAGGCUCAGCGUCCACUGCUGGCUACGAAAGCCAAGACCAGCCUUAUUCGGGCGCUGCACCAAUGCCAAGGUCCAGGGACGAAUGGGAUGAGCGAGGUGCUGCAAUGGGGACGCGAAAGGAGACGGAUGCAUCUGGCUCUCAGACGUCGAGAAUGGUGAAGAAGGGGGUGAAGGAUUUCAACUUUGGACGUACGCUAGGAGAGGGCUCCUAUUCGACGGUGUUGGCCGCCACCGACCGGCAAAAUCUGAAGGAGUAUGCGAUCAAGGUUCUAGACAAAAGGCAUAUCAUCAAGGAGAAGAAGGUCAAAUAUGUGAACAUUGAGCGGGACACUCUCAACCGACUGACGGAGCACCCGGGCAUUGUGCGACUGUACUACACGUUCCAGGAUGAAAGAUCGCUCUACUUUGUGCUCGACCUGGCGUCACAAGGCGAGCUGUUGGGCGUGCUCAAGAAGCUGGGCUCGUUUGACCUGGAGUGCACCAAAUUCUAUGGUGCCGAAAUCCUGGAUAGUAUAGCUUACAUGCACAGCCGGGGCGUGAUUCAUCGCGAUCUGAAGCCGGAGAAUGUCCUGCUGGACCGUGAGAUGCAUGUCAAGAUUACAGACUUUGGCACCGCAAAGAUUCUGCCAGACCCGGCAGGCAACGGUUCCAACGCACCCGGAAGAUCAAGUGGCAAUCCUACCGAUGGCGCCGAAACCGACCGAGCUGUGUCCUUUGUUGGCACUGCAGAGUAUGUCAGUCCCGAGCUCUUACGGGACAAGAAUGCAUGCAAAGCUUCCGACCUCUGGGCAUUCGGAUGUAUCAUCUAUCAGCUCCUCGCCGGGAGGCCACCCUUCAAGGCUGCCAAUGAGUACCUCACGUUCCAGAAGAUCCUUGCGCUGGACUACACCUUUCCUGAUGGUUUUCCCGAGGUGGCGAGGGAUUUGGUCGAGCGACUACUCGUGCUCGAGCCAGAGCGACGACUGCCGGUCGAGCAUAUCAAGAAUCACAGGUUCUUUGAUGGUGUGCAAUGGGGCAAGACUCUGUGGCGGCAAAAGGCUCCGCGACUGAGGGCAUACAUGCCGCCUCCCGCAGAGCCGAUCAAGCUCAACGGGGGCAGUGUCAGGAUUGGAAAUGGCGGCGCAAUGGCGAGCUCCGCGGCAGCAGUAGCACUGUCGUCGCAGUCGCAGCCCGCCACGACACAACAAGCACCACCCCGGCGACCCCAGUUGCAGAAUGUGACCGAGCUGCCUCCGCCCAGUCAACUAGAUAUCGACUGGUCACCGGUGCUCACACACAACAACGAAAGGAUCUUGAAACUGGGCAACUUGGUGGUGACGACAGCGCCUCAGUCGAACAGCCCGACUGGCAAGAAUGGCGAUCCGCAGACACCAUCCGAGAAACCCAAGUUUUCGCGAUUCUUUAGCAGUAAUACGACCAAGAAACGGGAACGACUGGUUCUCAUCACGUCCUGUGCGAGGCUCGUGGUCGCUGCAGCGGGCGGAAAUGAGAAGAAGGCGAAGAUGGAGAUCAAUCUUGCCGCGAGUGGAUCGACAUGCAAGACGUGUGUCGACUCGAAGGGCUUGACGUACUGGUCGAUUGACACGCGUGACAAGCACUAUACCUUUGAGGAUCCUCGCGCAACGACUUCGGAUCCUGCGGGCAGUAAAUUCUCCACGCAAGAGUGGAUGGAUUGCGUGGAACAAGCACGAGAGCUUGCCAUUGCAGCGUCCAUGACCAAUUCGUAUUCGGGCGAUUCGAUGCUGAAUGACCUGAAUGCACAAUCCGCCCUGAGCUCGCCCUCGGAUUCGGUGGGUGACGAUGCGGUCAUGCCCAUGAGCGGACCGAGCGCGAGUGAGCGACAUGGGCAUGCACUGCGCCACACAUUACGCAGGAAUACGGAUGAGGACGAGCGCAGUUUGAAAGGAAGAAAGCGAUUCAGCAAAAGACACAGCAAAAGUGGGCUUGCUGCCGUGUUUUAGUAAUGAUGCUGCAGCCGGAACGCCAUGAGGCGCACGUGUGUUUUCCCACCCCUCCCCUAUUCCGCUACACAGCGCACGCAGCAUAGGUAUUCCUCACAUGAUUUCUGAUGCAAAGAAAGUGGUGGUUAGGUAGUUAUUGACCACUACCUCAGGUGCUUUUUGUCCCCCAAGAGCGCCACUGUGCACAAUAAUAAAUACCAUGGGGUGCAUCCUGAUACUCACUCUCUUCAUAAUCAUGAC